AUGCAUGGGAGCAAGGCCUGGGUGAAUGGUGUGGAACAGCGUGGUGACUCGAAUCGGCAUGAACCUGGCAACUUCCUGCACGUGCUGGUCUGCGCUUUCGAUUUGCACAAGAAAAUGGCAAACAUGCGGUCCCAACGGUCCACCCUGCUGCGGAUACUGAUGGGUGAGGAGAAGCCUUCCGGGUCAGGGCAGGUGCGCACCGCGGACCCGAGUAUGACAGGUUUCUUCGCUCAACAUCAGGCAGACCUUCUUCCCAUGGACAAGACUGGAUGGCAGGUGGUAAAGGAAGCCAACGAGAUCUUGAUGGAUGACAGGGAGCUGCAGGACAUCAUGAAGAAGUUCCGCUUCAGGGGCGACCGCAUGCAUGUGAAGAUCGCCAGCCUGUCCGGUGGAGAGAAGGCGCGGCUGGCCAUUGUCAAAAUGAUGCUGAUCCCCUCACGCAUGCUCAUCUUCGACGAGCCGACGAACCACUUAGACGUGCCCAUGAAGGAGACGUUGGAGUUCGCCCUCCGCGAGUACCAGGGCGCCGUAGUGGUGGUUAGCCACGACAGGACUUUUGCCGGGCUCUGA